AUGGACAUCGUGGGGUCGUUCCCCAUGGCAACCGGUCAGCGGAGGUUUCUGCUCGUCGUUGUAGACUACUUCUCAAAAUGGGUGGAGGCCAAGCCGCUAGCAAGAAUAAGUGAGCAGAUGAGUAACGACCAGGCAGAGGUCACAAACCUAGAGAUCCUCAGAGAUUUACGAACUCGGCUAGACCACGCAGGAGGUAGUUGGGUCAACGAGCUCUCAAGUGUCUUGUGGGAACUUCGCACAACUCCAAAGGAGUCGACUAGCGUAAUACUAUUCCAACUGGUGUACGGAGAAGAAGCGAUGAUUCCUGUAGAGAUUGGAGUAGAAUUCGACUGGGUACGACUCUACGAUGAGGGAAAUGGCGAGCGAAGGUUAAUGGAGUUCGACUUGGUGGAUGAAGUGCGAGAAAAAGCGGUCAUUCGGCUAAUGGCUUACCAACAGCAGAUGAAGCAGAACUACAAUAGGAGGGUGAUCUCGAGGUCCUUCCAGGUCGGUGAUCUAGUAUAG